AUGAUAGCUGAGACCACUGAACAAGUCAAGAAAAUCCGGGAUAGGAUACGCACUGUGCAGAGUCGUCAGAAAAGUUACGCAGAUCAGAGGCAGAAGCCCUUGGAAUUUGAGGAAGGAGACCAUAUCCUGGAGAGGGUUGGACCGGUGGAGUAUCGGAUGGCUCUACCACCUCACCUUUCGGACCUGCACGACAUAUUUCACGUGUCGCAGCUUCGGAAGUAUACUCCUAAUGCUAGCCAUGUGCUAGAACCUGAAUCUGUUCAGUUGAAAGAAGAUUUGAUGCUUCUAGUGACUCCGGUCAUAAUUGACGAUACUAGUAUCAAACAAUUGCGUGGGAAAGAGGUUUCGUUAGUCAAAGUGGCAUGGAGUCGAGCCGGUGUUGAGGAGCACACUUGGGAACUCGAGUCGGAGAUGCAAACUAAUUACCCGCACUUAUUCUCAGGAAACCGAAUUUAA